AUGGGAGAUUCCGAGACGCCAUUACGGUAUUGCCCAAAAGACACAACACACGACGCUGUCGUGGGUUGAGGCCGCCUCGCGCCCACCGAGAUUGGGAUAGCUAACCGAGGCUGAGCGACUCUUUGACAGGUUUGGGGUUGGCACCUCCGCGACCUGUCUGAGGAGGACGAUUUCUCAAACGCUUCGCCUGGCACUGCGCCCACAGUCUUGCCUGACACUUCGCCCACAAUCUUGCCUGGCACUUCGAACAACGCAUUGCCAGACGCUUCGCCAACAGCUUUGCCUGGCACUUCGUCCAGCGCCCUGCCCGACGGCCCCCUUCCAGUCGCUGCUCUAGGUGCCGCAAUGAACGAAAGCAAUUCUGAAAACUCGCGAAUGCGUGCACUUCGAUGUUCAGCGGUGAGUCUCCAUGAGACUGACAGCGGACAAAGCCCUCCGACUGACGCAUCAGUCUCCUCGUGAAGACGCUGCGGCGUUUGAUGGACCACGGCGGUCCCAACGUUUUUGAAAGGGUGGCGUUUCGUACAGCUCUCAAGGUGCGUUGACUCCAAAGAUUGUGCUUGUGACUUUCUGUUGCUUAACAAGCAUGCCAACCGCAAUUCAGGAAAGUCACGCUAGUUGGUACGAUCGCGCAAAGCUACCUCAGAAUGUCAGGAGUUCUCUCGAUACAGCAAGCCUAGCGGUGCAAGCACAUGCGGAUGGCAGCAGAUGAUAUAUGUCUACUAUGCGGGAGGUGUUCCCAGACGGAAGAAUGAUGCCGAUCUUGAAAUCGCCAAAAGGAUCAUAUACGACGACAGUGAAACCAGUGCCGGUGAGCUAGGUCCUGUGCCAACACCGGUUUUGUCGAUGGGUGGCAGAGGCUUAACGGGAAACUCAGAAGGAAGGAACCUUGUGAAUGUAGUCCAUGGGCCUGGUGCUUGUUUGCGUGGACCGAUUACUCUUUCGAAGCGCUCAUGAACCGACGUUUUGACUUCUUUACUCCACAGUUCUGGCUAGAUAUUGCGCUAAAUAGCAACGGUACGGUACGUGAAUCCAGCCUGCCGGAGCCGAAGCUCUUGAUGGAGCACGACGUUAACAUUCAUGUUUGUGGUGAUGCUUACAUGCUGGUCCAUCCGCACGGCGAAUCAACUCCCACCAUCUCUCAUGUUGCCCUCGAUCGCAUUACUGGCCGGUUGGGUACAUGGUUCGCAGGCGACAUCUACCGCAUCCGUCCCCCUUGUGAGUUGCAGGAGAACAUAGAGUCAACGAUUGGCAAGUCAUGUGCUCGGAGACGGACCACUGAUAUGUUUAUCUCUCCAUGGUCAGCACGAUCUCGCCCUUCUCGACACCAUGAUCAACCUGAUCAAAGACAGCAAACGCUUCAGGAACCAUUUGCUGACAAAGCAUACAGUGAGCAUUGGCAUUUGCAUCUCGGCACGCCUGAAGCCACUUGCUCAAGUAGGUGUCUCAACAAACAAUGUUUUCGCCUGGUACGAGUUUCAAAAAGGAAUGCCUUGUAAGUCAUCGCCCCUCAGUAUCAAAGCGUUGGUCCUCGCGCCUACUCAUGCUGUCCGCUCUAUCUGGGCUGCACCUCCCACAGCCCACAUGAAGCCCACCGGCUCUGCUGUCGACGCGAUACAGCUUGGGAUCAGUCGGGACACCAACUUCAUUGGAAUCUGGUCCAAAACGCUUGAAGCAAAUCCUCGAGGUCAGACCCUUAGCGUGCAGCAGGAGUUCGAAGCUUUGAUGGCAAUUAGGGGUACCACCGUUGCUUGCGCGCCUCGAGACGAGCGCUCAGCUGCGUCUGGACUCGUUUGGCUGGCAGGCAGCUCAAAUUUACUUCGAGCAAACGCUCAAUGCGCCUGCUGGGUAUGCUGAGGUUCUUGCCGCAUUCCGCAUCAAGCUAAUCCUCCAGGAGCGCGGUGACAGGAACGCUGGAAAGGCUUUCACGCCUAUAGAUUUGUCUCCAUACGUGGUCGACGAACAGAACGCUCCGUGA